GCAGCCCAUUUCCUGUACCAGGAGAAGCAGGAGUGCUUCUUCCUCAACGGGACGCGGCGGGUGCGGUUCCUGGACAGGCUCUUCUACGACCGGCAGGAGUAUCUCCGCUUCGACAGCGCCCGCGGGGAGUACGAGGCCGUCACGGCGUUGGGGAAGGCGAGUGCCCAGGCUUUGAACAGAGAUAAGCACAAGCUGCAGUACCGGAGGGCCUCCGUGGAUCGCUUCUGCCGAAACAACUACGAGGUUUCCCAGAGCAAUUCCGUGGUUGGCCGGAGAG